AUGUAUGUCGGCAACAUCUAUGUCCCCCCUCAGAAUUACCCCCUGAUUGGGGUAGGGUUCACGUUCACCAUUCUUGGUGUUGUUACUGUUUGCUUGAGGGUAUUCACACGAGGAUGGCUGAUCAAGCACUUUGGAACUGAUGAUGCUCUCAUCGUAUUCUCUGGUCUGAGCUCCAUAGGGUUCUUCGUCGCGGCCAUGGAGCAGGUCCGUUAUGGCCUAAACCAACCAGCCGAUCCCGACCUCGCCGCCCCCUUCCAGCUGUCCACCUACGUCAGCAUGACUUGCUACAACAUCUGCCACCUAUUCGUCAAAUUGUCGAUCGCACUGCAGUGUCUAAGAGUCUUUACGACGCCAAUCGCAAGGCGCGUGUUCCUGGGACUGCUCAUCUACCUCGCAAUAUAUGGCCCGUUCUGUGUACUUAUGUCCGUUUUCACAUGCUGGCCAGUCAAUAAGUACUGGGAAGAUUCUGUAGAAGGGAAAUGCCUUGACCGGGUGACUUUACGCCUUGCGUUUGCAGGAGUCAAUAUCUUCAACGACCUUGCGCUCGUGUGUGCACCUUUACCUUUGCUCAACAGGCUACAAAUGGCGUCCAAGAUGAAAUACAUUUUGAUGGGAGUCUUCGCUGCAGGCGGCGUUGCAUCUGCCGUCGCUAUCGUUCGAUUUUACUCCUUGUGGUCUUUUGGACAAGUUCCUUUGACUGAACGGCCGUCAAAGGGGAUGGAAAUCGCGCUCUGGUCCUGCUUGGAGAGCAAUCUUACCAUCAUAUGCGCCUGCGUACCAUCUCUCAAUCCACUCCUCAUCAGACUGCUCCCCGGUUUCAUCACCUCCUCUGGGAGGUCAAGGUCGCUCGGACUGGUCUACACUCCGAAUCACAGGACUCCUCUUAGUCGGGCCAAUUCUUCCUGGAGGAGAAGUCGUCGGAAUCCAGACCCCUCGGAUUCAGGGGCUGAGACUGGGCCCAAGGGGAUCCAGGUUGAGCAGUCUUUCGAAUUGGGACACAUUGUCGUCCCUGACGAUGACAGUGAGAAAAAUCUCGUGACGGGCACAGCGACGGCGCAAUACCACUCAGAGAUUUCCAUACAGGCCGGGAAGUCAAAUGCUAAAUAG